CAGCUUUUUAAUUUAAAAAAAAACAUCAGCUGGUGAAAAAACGUAAAACUAAAAAGUUAAGAAAAUGAACACUCUAUGGAGACGAAGUACAGCAUCCUUAUUCUUAUAUCGAAAUUUAAAACCAGUAUUUUUUAAAACACCUAGACUUCAUCAUAUAUUAUGUGAAAACUUUGAUUUAACCUCGAAACACAAUCUGCCUUCUAGCAGUUCCUUUAUUUUUAGUAGAUUAAAGUCUAAAAAGCAAAUAGACUCUGAUGAUGAAGAUAAUUUCAAUGACGAUACUUCACUAUCUAAAGACUCAAAAGUUGUAAAGUUUAACACAACUUCCAUGAGAACUGAUGUCAUAUUAAAAUCUGCAUUAGGAGUAGCUAGAAAUAAAAUAGAGCAAGUGUUCUAUGAAAGCAAAAUAAGGCUGAAUGGAAAAAAAAUACUCAAGAAAAGUGCUUCAACUAAAGUAGGUGAUGAGAUUGAUGUAAUAAAAGCUGUAAGUCCUAAAAAUACUGAUCACUUAAUUGUCUCCAGGGUAGAAAUAUUAAAUAUAACAGCAAAUGAAGAUGCCAUAACAGUUACAGCUCGUCGGUUCAAAUCUUUGCUUAUUGAAAAUUAUGAAAAGGAUGCUUACAAAUCUUCAGUUGAUUCUGAAGCAGAUAAAUAAUAUAAAAAAUUAGUUUAGGUAGUUUAUUUGUAAAUAAAAUAUUAUAAAUAAAACGAAAAAGGUUAAAGUACUUAUUUU